CAUAACAACCAUAUCACAUGAGAACUAUAAGCUCACAUACACUAUCCAAAAAUUCCAAAUAAUCAUUUCUUCACUUUCCUCCUCCUCCCCCAAAAAAAUGUCCUCAAAUUCUUCAUUUUCACCCCUCAAUCUUUCCCAAUUUCCACUCAAGUCCCUCAUCUUCUUCAUCUUCUCCAUUUUCCCAUUAGUCAACGCUCGUUCGUUAAAGUCAACGCACCAUCACACUACAAACCUCGAUGAAUCUCUCACUUAUCUAUGGCCAUUACCGGAAAAAUUCACUUCCGGUAACGAUACACUCACCGUUGAUCCCAAUUUAACACUUGAUUUUACCGGUAAUCAGUCAGUUGUUGUAGAAGAAGCUUUUGAAAGAUACAGGAAAAUUAUUUUUAAGCAUGGUGGUAGAAGCGGUGAAAGUUUUGAUGUUAGUAAAGUUACUGUCAUUGUUCACUCCGAUAAUGAUGAGUUGAAACUUGGUGUUGAUGAGAGCUACUCGUUAUUGGUGACGGAGAGCAAUGAACAUUCAAUUGUCGGGGGAGUCUCAAUUGAGGCAAAUUCUGUUUAUGGUGCACUACGAGGACUUGAGACACUGAGUCAGUUAUGUAUUUUUGAUUAUGGGGUUAAAACAGUGCAAAUUCAUAAAGCUCCAUGGUUUAUUCAAGAUAAGCCAAGAUUUGCAUAUCGCGGGCUUCUGUUAGAUACAUCAAGGCACUAUUUGCCGAUUGAAAUUAUAAAGCAAAUUAUUGAAUCCAUGUCCUAUGCUAAACUUAAUGUUCUUCAUUGGCACAUCAUAGAUGAAGAGUCAUUUCCUCUGGAAGUGCCUUCAUACCCAAACUUGUGGAAAGGUGCAUAUACAAAGUGGGAACGCUACACUGUCGAGGAUGCCAUUGAAAUUGUAGACUAUGCGAAGAUGAGAGGUAUCAAUGUUAUGGCAGAAGUUGAUGUUCCGGGUCAUGCAGAAUCAUGGGGUGCAGGAUACCCUGAUCUUUGGCCUUCUCCAUCCUGUAAAGAGCCCUUAGACGUUUCAAAAAACUAUACUUUUGAUGUGAUAUCUGGUAUCUUGGCAGACAUGAGGAAGAUUUUUCCAUUUGAUCUCUUCCACUUAGGUGGUGAUGAGGUCAACACAACUUGUUGGACAACUACGCCACACGUGAAGCAAUGGCUUCAAGAUCAUAAUAUGACUUCGAAGGAUGCAUAUCAGUAUUUUGUACUCAGAGCUCAAGAAAUAGCUAUAUCACAUAACUGGACACCUGUUAACUGGGAAGAAACCUUCAACAAUUUUCCAUCUAAACUUAACCCGCGGACUGUGGUGCAUAACUGGUUAGGUGGUGGUGUUUGUUCAAAGGCAGUUGCACAAGGUUUUAGGUGCAUUUAUAGUAAUCAGGGUUUUUGGUAUCUCGACCACUUAGAUGUCCCGUGGAAUGAAGUUUAUUAUGCGGAACCACUGGAAGGAAUAAAGAGUAUUUCGGAGCAAAAUCUUGUACUUGGAGGUGAAGUAUGCAUGUGGGGAGAAACUGCAGAUGCAUCCGAUGUUCAACAGACCAUAUGGCCACGUGCUGCGGCUGCAGCAGAACGUUUGUGGAGCGACAAGGAGACCACAUCCUCAAAAAACACUACUUUAGCUGCAUUGCAGAGGCUGGAGUACUUCCGAUGCCUCUUGACAAGGCGUGGUGUUCCAGCCGCUCCAGUUACCAAUUUCUAUGCUCGACGUCCUCCAGUUAAGGCAGGAUCAUGUUAUGAACAAUAAAUUGUGUUGCAUCAUCAAAGUCCGAUCCGUGUUCUUGAACUGGUAAGUUUGCAAAUCACAUGACCUAGUACAUCUUGUCAGCUUGGCGUUGCUGUAUAGUCUCCGGGACCUAGAAAUGAUCCCUAGCUUUGAGAUUAACUGUCGUUUACUCUCAUUCGCGAGCUCUUCACUGUACACCAUUGUAGUGUUUUCUUGUUGUGAAUAAGAGAAAGCUGGAUCUUUGCAAGACUUCAUGAUUAUAGACUUUGGAUUUGGCAAUAUUUUGCCUCAGGUAUUACAUUCAAACUUGUAAUUUCAUAUUUCUUAUUUCAUUCCUUUCUUAUUUUUUAUAUUAAGCUACAAGAAUCUGUCGAAA